AUGAGAGGUGGUUCGUUUAUGAGUAAAUUCUGCAAGUUUUUCUUUCAACUUUUAAAGAAGCUGAUUAAUUUUCUCAUAAUGAGAAGACUUUUAACGAGAAUUAUAAACAGAGUUCUGCUGAGCGGACAAAUAACAGCAGCGAUGAGAGGAGCUGAAGCAGAGAUUCAUACAGAAGGACGAAGAAAGUUGGUGGUGGGCCUGGGGAACCCUGGGAUGGAGGGUACCAGACACAGCGUGGGGAUGGCGGUCCUCGGAGCGCUCGCCGCUCGGCUCGGUAUGGCCAACCGUUGGCGCGGCGACAGUCACGUAUCCGGUGAGGUCAUCCUGACGGAGGUCCAGCAUACCCGCGUGGUUCUGCUCCGCCCGAGGCUGCUGAUGAACAUCAACGGGGUGUCUGUGGCCAAAGCGGCUGGUAAAUAUGGCAUCAAACCUGAGGACGUCCUGCUGGUGCAUGACGAAAUGGACAAACCUUUGGGGAAAAUCGCCAUCAAACAUGGAGGAAGUGCCAGGGGUCACAAUGGAGUACGCUCGUGUGUUGACUGUCUUCAGACCGAUGUGAUGCUCAGACUCAGAGUCGGGAUCGGCCGGCCUUCAGGGAAAACCUCAGUGGAGCGUCACGUCCUGAGUCGGUUUACUUCUGAGGAGAAGAAAGUCCUGGAAUCUGUUCUGCUCCAGAGUGUAGACCUCCUCCUCUCUCAGCUCUCCCAGCAGGACUCCCAGUCUGCCGCCUCACCAGCAGGGGGCAGAAAAGACGCACAGCAGAGGAUGCAGAAGGAGGAGCAGCCUGAGGACUCUCCAGCUGCUCAGAUCUAAGGCUGCAGACACAGACAGUUGCUGGAACCAGGAACCUGAGCCGUUCCGACUUUAUUUACUACCUGCAGUCAGUUGGAAAGAGGUGCAGCAGGAGAUAAUCUGGAAGCUGCUUACAGGAGGAAUCUCAGUGGGAUGAAUCACAAGAUCAGAAUCUGUUCGUUUGUUUGAGAGGAGCAAAGAUGAGGAGCAUCUUCAGGGAUCAUCAGCUCUCACCUCAGACUGAUUCAUAAAGACUUUUUCCAUCUGAUACUGUUUUUAUGAAAGUCCUGAAUAAAUUAAUAUCUCUGUUGGCCACAAGGCUUUUCUGCAAAUAUUUAAAAUAAAAUUUCUGUUGUAAAAAAUGCAAAUAUU